AUGGCCAACACUCCUCACGGUGGUGUCCUGAAGGACCUUCUUGCCCGCGAUGCUCCCCGCCACGACCAGUUGGCCGCGGAAGCGGAGACCCUGCCCGCCAUUGUUCUCUCCGAGCGCCAGCUGUGCGAUCUUGAACUGAUCAUGAACGGUGGCUUCAGUCCUCUUGAGGGCUUCAUGAACCAGAAGGAUUUUGACGGUGUCUGUGAGGACUGCCGUCUUGCCGAUGGCAACCUUUUCUCCAUGCCCAUUACCCUCGAUGCCUCCCAACAGGUCAUCAGCGAGCUCAAGCUGCAGGCUGGCUCUCGUGUCACUCUCCGCGACUUCCGUGAUGACCGCAACCUGGCCAUCCUGACCAUCGACGACAUCUACCGUGCUGACAAGGAGAAGGAAGCCAAGCUGGUCUUUGGCGGUGAUCCUGAGCACCCUGCCAUCAAGUACCUCAACACCAAGAUUGAGGAAUUCUACAUCGGUGGAAAGGUCGAGGCUGUCAACAAGCUGAACCACUACGACUAUGUUGCUCUGCGCUACACCCCCGCAGAGCUGCGCAUCCACUUCGACAAGCUCGGCUGGUCCCGAGUUGUCGCUUUCCAGACCAGAAACCCCAUGCACAGAGCUCACCGUGAGCUGACCGUUCGUGCGGCUCGUGCUCGCCAGGCUAACGUCCUGAUCCACCCCGUUGUCGGUCUCACCAAGCCCGGUGACAUUGACCACUUCACCCGUGUCCGUGCUUACCAGGCCCUCCUCCCCCGCUACCCCAACGGAAUGGCCGUCCUUGGUCUGCUCGGCCUCGCCAUGCGUAUGGGUGGUCCCCGUGAGGCCAUCUGGCACGCCAUCAUCCGUAAGAACCACGGUGCCACCCACUUCAUCGUUGGUCGUGACCACGCCGGUCCCGGUAAGAACUCCAAGGGCGAAGAGUUCUACGGCCCCUACGACGCUCAGCACGCUGUCGAGAAGUACAAGGACGAGCUGGGUAUCGAGGUCGUCGAGUUCCAGCAGGUCACCUACCUGCCGGACACCGAUGAGUACAAGCCUAAGGAUGAGGUUCCUGCCGGUGUGAAGACUCUGGAUAUCUCCGGUACCGAGCUGCGCAACCGCCUCCGCACGGGUGCCCACAUCCCCGAGUGGUUCUCUUACCCCGAAGUUGUUAAGAUCCUGCGUGAAUCCAGCCCCCCGCGUAACACCCAGGGUUUCACCGUCUUCCUUACCGGUUACCAGAACUCCGGCAAGGACGCCAUCGCUCGUGCUCUGCAGGUCACCUUGAACCAGCAGGGUGGUCGCGCUGUCUCUCUCCUCCUGGGUGACACUGUCCGCCACGAGCUCUCUUCUGAGCUUGGCUUCAGCCGCGAGGACCGCCACACCAACAUUCAGCGUAUCGCCUUCGUUGCCAGCGAGCUGACCAAGGCCGGUGCUGCUGUUAUCGCCGCUCCCAUUGCCCCCUACGAGCACUCCCGGAAGGCCGCUCGUGAGGCCGUUUCCCAGCACGGUUCCUUCUUCCUGGUCCACGUCAACACCCCUCUGGAGUACUGUGAGAAGACCGACAAGCGCGGUAUCUACGCCAAGGCCCGCGCCGGCGAGAUCAAGGGCUUCACUGGUGUUGAUGAUCCUUAUGAGGCUCCUCAGAACGCUCACCUCACUGUUGAUGUCUCCAAGCAGACUGUUCGCAGCAUUGUCCACGAGAUCAUCCUUCUGCUUGAGACUGAGGGUUUCUUUGACCGUGCUUAG